UGUGUAUCUAGUUUAUUCGGCGCAACCUUUGCCGGGCAAUUUGCCGCAGCUGUCCCCAUCACACGUGGAAUCUCACACGAUCGAUGAGCAAUGGUCAGGCGGUGACCGCUUCACUGGUGGCCUCUCUCGGGGCAUUCCUCUUCGGCCUCGACAUCGGCUACAUCGCGCCCAUCCUGGAGUGCGCCAGCUUCAAGCGCGACGUGGGUCACUUGGAGAACUGGCAGAGCCCGGAGUCCAAGAUCCAUGCCGGCCAAGCCGGCUUCAUCGUGGCCAUCUUCUCUAUCGGGUGCCUGAUCACCUCCUUCCCGCCCAUUAGCAGCUACUUCCUAGACGAAUUCGGGCGCCGGAAUUCCAUCAUGCUGGGCGGAGUGAUCUUCCUCCUGGGCUGCGCCUUACAAGCGGGCAGCGCGUCCAUGCAGGUCUUCUUGGUCGGGCGGUUGAUCACGGGCACCUCCAUCGGCCUGCUGAGCAACGUGGUGCCCCUUUACCAGGCUGAGAUGGCACCACAAAACCUGCGGGGCACUCUGACAUCUAUGUACAACAUGAUGAUCACUUCAGGCAUCUUUGUUGCUGCACUCCUGGACGUGUUCCUCGUGGACAUUGACGGUGGCUGGCGCACUGCUAUCGCCCUUCAGGCGCUACCCGCGCUGAUCAUCUUGUCGGCGAUGCCCUUCCUGCCGCGCUCGCCCCGGUGGCUGGUGCAGCAGGGCCGGAACGAGGAGGCGGAGCGGAUGCUCGCCCACCUGCGGGGUGACAAGCUGGUGGUCCAGAAGGAGCUCCAGGAGAUCCUCGCGGAGUAUCAGGCCGAGAAGGAGCUCAGCGGCUCCUGGAAGGAGGUCUUCAGUGGCAAGCUCCUGCGCUUGGUUUGCCUCGGCUCCGCUUUGCAGAUGCUGCAGCAGCUGGUGGGGAUGAACGCCUUCAUGUACUUUGGCCCGCGCAUCUUUGCGGACAUUGGCUUCAACGCAAACUUGUUUCAGACGGUCAGCAACGCAGUGAACAUGAUCUUCACACUGCCGGCGCUGUACUUCAUCGAGUGCACGGGGAGAAGGUUUUUGUUCAUGGGUGGCGCGGUGUGCAUGGCAGUGGCCACGCUGGCGCUGGGCCUGCUGGGGAGCUUCGGCAUGGAAGGUGGUCACGGCAAGUCCCCGGCAGUGAACACUGCGAUGGCUGCGAUGGUCCUGACUUUUGUGGCAGCCUUUGCUUCCACUUGGGGCCCAGUGGUCUGGGUCUAUUGCGCCGAGAUGUUCCCGCUCCGGUACCGAGCGCGCUGUGUGGGCGUCACCACCAUGACCAAUUGGAUCGGCAACUUCCUGAUCGCGCAGUUUACGCCGAUGCUGCUGGCGAAGAUCGGCUUCGAUACCUUCUUCAUCUUCGGCUUCUUCUGCCUUUUGGCGCUCCUCCUCGGCUGGUGGCUGCCGGAGACCGCCGGCGUGCCCUUGGAGCAGGUGGGAUUGCUCUUCGACCACCACUUCCAGGAGGAAAAGCCGUCAGAGUUCUGCAACAGCUACGGCGCAAUCAAGACCGCGUGACCUCGAAGCGCCGAUUUCCGCCUGCCAUCGCCGAUGUUGGGCCGAAAAAGAGGGAGGAAA